AUGUCGUUCUCCGCCCCACCACCCCGCAAAGCCGCUCGCACCGGCCUUCAGCGUACAGGUUCCUACCUGUCUCUGGAAGACAUGCAGGCUGCCGUGACCACGUCUCUGUAUGGCUCCAGCAGCGCUCCAUCUUCCUCAUCUUCCUCGUCUUCGCACUCGGAGCGCAUCGCCAACGUGCCCCACUUUCGCACCUCCCGGCAUAAAGACCAGCGAGGCCGCAGGAAAAAUAUUCAGCGCUCGACGUCCACCCUCUCCCUGCCAUCCACCGCCGUCACACCAGCUCCUACCCCCGUCUCCAUCACCAUGAGCAACUUCCGCCAUUCGUCGCCUCUCGCGUCCAAAUCGUCCAUUGUGCCGCCGCGCACAUGUUUCCCACGCUCCAAACCUGAGCCCGACCUUUACCGUGUGGCCAUUACGACCCGCAUGCGCAUGUCGCCCGAGGGCCGAAAGAUACUCUACAUGGGCCCGCGGCUGGCGCUAUCGAUGUGCACGGCGACUCGGGAACUCGAGCGCUCGCUGCAGAUGGCGACGAACGAGCUGGAGCGGAUAGUCGCGUCGCAACGCGAGGCUGACGGCGAUAUCUCGAUGACGGAGGACGUCGGGCAGCCGUGGGUGGUCGUACCACCGGAGGACUGGGAGAUGGUUGAUUGCGCGGCGUAG